AUGGCAACGGCACAACAAAUGCGGGCUUCUGAGAAACAAAUAUCUGGGUGGAGUGCAAUAUUUCCCAAUGAUGUGACAACACAACACCAAUCCCUUGUUUUCAUUAAGAGAAUGAUGGCUGUGGGAGUAUCAUGCAUUACAUAUUUGCGUGGGAUAUUUCCCGAAGAUGCCUAUAGAACACGAUAUUUGGAAGGCAUGUGUGUAAAAAUUCUGCGUGAAGACAGUCGGUUUCCUGGUGCAUCUAAAGUAGUAAAAUGGAUGAUGGGAUGCUUUGAUGCUUUGGAGAAAAGAUUUUUGCGCACAAUUAUUCUGGGAGUUCAUAGAGAUCCCGAGGAUCCAAAUAGCAUAAUUGAGUCUUACCAGUUUAAAUUCAAAUACACUGCAGAUGGACCAAAGCUGGAUAUUUUAAGCAAUGUCAUCGGCGAUACAGAAGUAAGCCUUCAAGAUACAAAGAAAGCUUCCAUUCUGCUCAUCCGUAAGCUGUUUGUCUUGAUGCAGAGCCUUGAAAUUCUUCCUAAUGAUGUGUCUCUGACAAUGAAACUCUUCUAUUAUGAUGAAGUGACACCUCCUGAUUACCAGCCACCAGGGUUUAAACAAGGCGAGUGCGAUGCUGUGUGGUUUGAAGGAACCCCAGUCCAUUUUAAAGUUGGUGAUGUGCCCACUCCAUUCCAUAUGAUGAAAGUGCGAGUCACCACAGAGAAAGAGACAAUGGAACAGCUUGAGAAAGAGAACAUGCUGAAUGAGGAAACUGAAACUUCACUGCAGGGAAUGGAGGAAGUCAAAUCUGCCCCAAAUACGGGGGUCAAACAAGGCUGUGUGAUCACCUCCACCUUGUUCACCAUUUUCCUGACCGUCAUCGUCCACCUCAUCCGAGAUUACCUACUACCUGGUGUCAGCAUUCAGUAUCGUCUGGACGAGAAGCUCUUCAACCUUGGUUGCUUCUGGACAAAAACAAAACUCACCACCAUGGACAUCCGUGACCUUCAGUUUGCAGAUGACCACUGCGUGAUGGCUCACUCUGUACAGGACAUGCAAAAGAUGCUUGACCUCUUCAACUCCUUGUAUAAGAGGCUUAGCCUGUCCUUAUGCAUUGCUAGGACGAAGUUCCUUCACCUACCUUCCCCUGGCCAGUUGAGCAUCCCCUGCUCCAUCCACAUAGAUGGGGUGGCUCUGGAAUAUGUACAGCUCUUCCCUUAUCUUGGCAGCCACCUCUCUCAAGGGACUAGCAUCGAUGAGGAAGUCCAACACCAAGUCAACUGUGCCAGUGCUGCCUUGUUCAAGCUGUGCUAA